AUGAAGAACGUUUUGGCUCUUUGUAUUUCUCUACUUUUCUUUGCCUCCAUAUUCAGUUCACUUCCUACUUCUUCAUCUGCGGAUUCCACAUUCGACAGUUUUGCCAAUUGUCUGACAAAAAAUGGAGUUCCAAGUAACCAAAUAUCCAAAAUUCUCUACAGUCCCACAAACACUUCAUUUAGUUCUGUUCUAAAUGCAUAUGUUAGAAACUUAAGAUUCAACACUUCAAGUACCAAAAAGCCAUCCAUAAUUGUCACACCAUUAACAGUUCAACAAGUUCAGGCAACUAUAAUUUGCACCAAAGGGUCAGGGCUGCAACUGAAAAUCCGUAGUGGCGGGCAUGAUUAUGAAGGAAUUUCGUAUGUUUCGGACAACCCUUUUGUUAUUCUUGACAUGUUCAAUCUCAGGAACAUCAGCAUUGACCAACCCGGUCGGACGGCUUGGGUACAAACAGGGGCAACACUUGGUGAAUUGUACUACAGAAUUUGGCAAAAGAGCAAUCUUUUGGCGUACCCUGCCGGUGUUUGCCCGACUGUCGGGGUUGGUGGACACAUCAGCGGGGGUGGUUACGGCACAAUGCUGCGCAAAUUCGGCCUGACAGUCGACAAUGUUGUUGAUGCACAGAUCAUUGAUGUUAACGGCCGUGUUUUGGAUCGGAAAGGGAUGGGAGAAGAUCUGUUUUGGGCUAUCAGGGGCGGUGGCGGUGCGAGUUUCGGAGUUGUUUUGUCAUACAAGAUCAAUUUAGUUCCAGUUCCUCCAUUUGUCACUGUUUUUAGUGUCCAGAGGACUGAGGCACAGAAUGCUACAAACAUUCUUGUCAAAUGGCAAAGCAUUGCUUCCACCAUUGACAACAAUCUCUUCAUCAGGGUCCUCGUCCAGCCGGCUACCGUAAGCGGUAAGAAAAUGAUCCGAUUGACAUUCAAUGCAAUGUAUGUUGGAAAUUCAAAGAGUCUUGCGGCGCUGAUGAAAGCCAAGUUCCCUGAAUUGGGAUUACAGAGUUCUGACUUGAAGCAAAUGAGCUGGAUCCAAUCAAUCCUGUUCUGGGCAAAUUUCAGGUCGAGUUCAGAUAAACCAGAAAUUUUGCUGGACAGAACUCCUUCUGUCAAUUUCUUGAAGAGGAAAUCCGACUACGUCGUGACUCCGAUUCCAAAGGCCGGAUUCACUGCAAUCUUCAACAAAAUCACUCAGCUUGGAAAAAUAGGAUUGGUUUUCAAUCCUUAUGGUGGAAAAAUGAGCCAAAUCCCUGAAACCGACGCGCCGUUUCCCCAUCGGGCCGGGAUCCUUUACAAGAUCCAGUAUUCUGUGAAUUGGGAUAGCGCUGAUCCCAAUCUGACGACUCAAUAUCUUCAGCAAGCGAGAGACUUAUACAGCUUCAUGACUCCAUAUGUGUCAAGCAAUCCAAGGCAGGCUUUUCUGAAUUACAGGGAUCUCGAAAUUGGUACAACUGAUAAUGGACCCAACAGUUAUAAUGAAGGCAAAGUGUACGGAUUGAAAUACUUCAAGGGUAACUUUGAUAGGUUGGUGAAAAUAAAGACUGCAGUUGAUCCACAGAACUUCUUCCGGAAUGAACAGAGCAUCCCUGUACUUGCUGCUUAAUUAUUUCGGCUCUGCCCCAAUAAAUGAUUCCUUUCAGUUUAUAACUUUAUCAUCAUCUGUGCUUUGUGUGUGUGUGUGUUUCUUUUUUUUCUUAAACGUACUCGUGAUUUAUGAAUCAAUCUCUUUGUUCUGCCAAUGUACAUCUUUACACACGAGUUACAAAGGAAAGACACAUAAUAAAUGUUGAUUUGCAA